AAGUGUAACAAAUACUGUUCUUGAUUUGUUCUUGUAAUGACCCCUCUGGUAGACGUUACCUGUUUACUAUAAUCUCACCCAGUGUUGAAACAAGUACCUAGAUUGCAAACAUACCUGAUAUUUUGUAGGCCAACUCUGCACACUUAAUCUAAUCUCACGGGCUGUUACUGAACUAAGGUUCUUGACCACAUUUACUUAUUAAAACAAAUAGUAGGUGUGAACUAGAAGUGUUCACUACCGUCUUCUCACACAAAUCUGCCUGAUACCAACAGCCAUACUUGUCACUACCCUCAAGCCCGAUUCAAAUGGCUUGCUGAAAAGUUCCCAUUGGUGUUCUGCUUUUUUCCAGUCUUGCAAGGGGAAACUUUGACUCUGAAUUGGAAACAUCCCAGUGACCAGAAUGAAGAGGAAAUGCCAGGACUACGAGUCCAGAUUGCCAGACAACACUGCGAUGAAGCAGCAGCAGUUGCCUGCCUUCCGGCUCCAGCUCUCAGCCAAUGAAAUCCUCUCUGGCUUUUUUGCCAUAGGGCUAUUCUGCCUUGGCAUGGGCAUCAUCCUUCUGUUGUCUGCAAAGAGCAUCAGGGAAGUAGAGAUUAAUUAUACAGCAAAAUGUGCAACUUGUGCAAAACUGCGGGAAGAUGCCACUAAUUUUGACAAAGAAUGCAACUGUUCUAUUUCCUUUUACCUUCCACAGAAAAUGGAGGGUAAUGUUUAUCUGUACUAUAAACUGUAUGGCUUCUAUCAGAACCUCUAUCGGUAUAUUCUGUCCAGAAGUAAUAUCCAGCUGGUGGGUACAGAUGUAAAGGAUGUUAGAAACUGUGCUCCAUUCAAAACCUCUGACAAUGGGCUCCCCAUCGCUCCUUGCGGUGCGAUUGCCAACAGCAUGUUCAAUGACACCAUUGUUCUUUUGUACAACUUUAAUUCAUCUACACAUAUCAGAGUCCCAAUGGUAAGGACUGAAACUGCAUGGUGGACAGACAAGUAUGUCAAGUUUCAGAAUCCAACUUUCCAAAAUCUUUCUAGUGCAUUUGCAGGAACUGCAAAGCCUCCGAACUGGCCUAAGCCUGUCUAUGAACUAGAUGAAAAGGACCCAGGGAACAACGGCUUCGUCAAUGAUGACUUCAUCGUGUGGAUGCGGACAGCCGCCUUUCCCAAUUUCAAGAAACUCUACCGCCGACUCCAUCGAAUAGGCAAUUUUACCGAAGGCUUACCUGCUGGUAGCUAUAGUUUCAUCAUAAACUACAACUUUCCCGUAGGCAGGUUCCAAGGACAAAAAGCAGUUGUUCUUUCCACCCUGACGUGGAGUGGAGGCAGCAGCCUUUUCUUAGCCCUCGCCUAUCUGGUGACGGGAGCUGUGACUCUGUUGGCCUCCUUUUCCAUGAUGGCAGUUCACCUGAAGCUGAAAGAAAGGAAAACGUUCUUCCUCCAGUAGUAAAGUCAAGCGUUAAAAAGAAAAGCAGAAAAUACAGAAAUGGACAGUGAAGUGGUGGAGCCAAAGAUCUCAAAAUGGGGCAUUCUACCAAGGGGAACUGGACCGACUGACCAAGUGUUCUUCCAGAGAGAGAUGCAAUAAGAGUUUCAGAGUAAAGAUAAAGAAGGGGAGGAGAGAAAAUUAGGUAUAGUAAAAUGUCCUUGAAAUGGGGAGGAUAAAUCAUCCUUGAGCGCUAAA